GUGGGAAUAGAGGGCUGGGACUGAGAGGGUGGAGCAGGGACACCUGAAGCAGGUGCAAGGUGAGGAUGGUCGCUGUGAACUGCCACUAAUUUAGGAUGGGGAAAGGUAUUCCUUAGGACUUUGGGGAUCAACUGGGACUGACCAUGGCAGGACGGUGUCCAGGCUUUGGGAAGAAACCACAGAGAAAGGGAACCAAAGGCCUUCCUCAGCACCCCUCAUGGUGGAGGUUCUGCAGGAGCAGCUGCCCUGGGGCUCCCAAGUUUGGGGCAGAUGGGGUGGAAGCAGCCUGGGGCUGGGUGGAGAGUACAGUGAUGCCCAGGUGAUCAGACACCUGCAUCUUGCCCUCUGGGAAGGGUUGGGGGCAGUGGGCUGUGACUGAGCAAGUUGCAGCACCUGGGCUCACAACAGGAUGUGUGUGUGUGUGUUUGUGUGUGUGUGUGUGUGUGUGUGUGGCGUGCACGCAUGCACCUCCCAUGGGUGUGUCUUAAUAUACAUCAAUGUUUGUCAACCUUUUUUUCAUUACACACCACUAAGAAAAAUUUUUAGACCUAUUUUUCCUAAUUCCACUCCCCCUAAGAAUUUUACUACUACAGAUAUGCUGUACGUAUGUUGAUGUACGGUGGUCCUGGUGAGGACCACAAAUGAAAAAUCACUGUCAUAGCUAAGACGUUUUCUGGCCCCUACCUCAAGAACCAGUUUUCACCCCUGUAAAGAAUGCUCGGUCUACAUGUCUCGCAUGUCUGCCCAUGCCCUGCGUCUGUCUCCUGUACCUUCUUGCCGCAGGUGCAAAGGUGGCAUCUGCCCUGUGUCCCUCAGCAUGUGUCUGGGUUGGUCUGUCCUUAGCUACACCUCAGUGUGUGUGUGUGCAGGCCUGUGUGUCUGUGAGCAUGGCACGCCGACGGGUAUGCGUAUGUGCCUGAACGCCAUGCCCAUGUCAGUGCAGGAGUGAGGUGCACAGGAGGGACAGCAGUGCAGGUAUGCUUCUGUGGCUGUGUGUGCCGGCCCAUUCUGAGGGCACUGGGGGGACUCAGUGCCUGCCCAUGUGUGCAGGGGCCUGACCGGGUGUCCGCGUGAGUCUAUUGUGCGAGCCUACUCUUCUGGCUGAGUCUAGAUCUGUCACAUUUCAUAGCAGCAUUUCCAUGUGUCUGACUGCAUGCAUCUGUGUCCGUGGGAAGAGGGUGAUGAAGGCUGGGGAAGGCAGCCACUUGGAAACCCUGGCUCCAACCCUGAGGCAACCCACAGAGCAGCCUGUUGCCAGGGGCUUCCUUCUUUCCCACCCCUGGUCCUUCCUGGCCCCAUGCAGAGCUCAGCCAGGAGUGUGCGACUCUUCUCUCAUCCCACCUACCCCAGGAGCUCCCCAGGACGCGAUUGGCUAGCUGACCGCUUCAAGUGGGACCAGAAGACAUUCCCAACUCAGGGAGACUGAGCUGUCGCUCACUUGCUGUACAAAAUGAUAUUCCUCACAGCGCUUCCCCUCUUUUGGAUUAUGAUUGCAGCCUCUCGAGGGGGUCACUGGGGUGCCUGGAUGCCCUCGUCCAUCUCAGCCUUCGAGGGCACAUGUGUCUCCAUCCCCUGCCGCUUCGACUUCCCCGAUGAGCUGCGGCCUGCUGUCGUGCAUGGUGUCUGGUACUUCAAUAGCCCCUACCCAAAAAACUACCCCCCAGUGGUCUUCAAGUCUCGCACCCAAGUCGUCCACGAGAGUUUCCAGGGCCGCAGCCGCCUGCUGGGGGACCUGGGCCUGCGCAACUGCACCCUCCUGCUCAGCAACCUCAGCCCGGAGCUGGGGGGCAAGUACUACUUCCGCGGGGACCUAGGGGGCUACAACCAGUACACCUUCUCGGAGCACAGCGUCCUGGACAUUAUCAACACCCCCAACAUCGUGGUCCCCCCGGAGGUGGUGGCAGGCACAGAAGUGGAGGUCAGCUGCAUGGUGCCUGACAACUGCCCAGAGCUGCGCCCAGAGCUGAGCUGGCUGGGCCACGAUGGGCUAGGGGAGCCCGCUGUGCUGGGUCGGCUGCGGGAGGAUGAGGGCACCUGGGUGCUGGUGUCGCUGCUACACUUCGUGCCCACUAGGGAGGCCAACGGCCACCGGCUGGGCUGCCAGGCCUCCUUCCUCAAUACCACUCUGCAGUUCGAGGGCUACGCCAGCCUGGACGUCAAGUACCCCCCGCUGAUUGUGGAGAUGAACUCCUCGGUGGAGGCCAUCGAGGGCUCCCACGUCAGCCUCCUCUGUGGGGCUGACAGCAACCCCCCGCCCCUGCUGACCUGGAUGCGGGAUGGCACGGUGCUCCAGGAGGCCGUGGCUGAGAGCCUGUCCCUGGAGCUGGACGAAGUGACCCCCGGGGAGGACGGCAUCUACGCCUGCCUGGCAGAGAACGCCUAUGGCCAGGACAACCGCACCGUGGGGCUCAGCGUCAUGUAUGCACCCUGGAAACCGACGGUGAACGUGACAGUGGUGGCUGUGGAGGGGGAGACGGUCUCCAUCUUGUGCUCCACACAGAGCAACCCGGAUCCUAUUCUCACCAUCUUCAAGGAGAAGCAAAUCCUGGCUACAGUCAUCUAUGAGAGCGAGCUGCAGUUGGAGCUGCCUGCUGUCACACCCGAGGAUGACGGAGAGUACUGGUGUGUGGCCGAGAACCAAUAUGGCCAGAGGGCUACCGCCUUCAACCUAUCCGUGGAGUUUGCCCCUGUGAUCCUUCUGGAGUCCCACUGUGCAGCGGCCCGAGACACGGUGCAGUGCCUGUGCGUGGUGAAAUCCAACCCGGAGCCCUCUGUGGCCUUCGAGCUGCCCUCGCGCAACGUGACCGUGAACGAGACAGAGCGGGAGUUUGUGUACUCGGAGCGCAGUGGCCACCUGCUCACCAGCAUCCUCACGCUGCGGGGCCAGUCCCAGGCCCCGCAGCGGGUCAUCUGCACCUCCCGCAACCUCUAUGGCACCAAAAGCCUGGAGCUGCCCUUCCAGGGAGCCCACCGUCUGAUGUGGGCCAAGAUUGGGCCUGUGGGAGCUGUGGUCGCCUUUGCCAUCCUAAUUGCCAUCGUCUGCUACAUUACCCAGACACGCAGAAAAAAGAACGUGACAGAGAGCCCCAGCUUCUCCGCAGGGGACAACCCCCCAGUCCUGUUCAGCAGCGACUUCCGCAUCUCUGGGGCACCGGAAAAGUAUGAGAGUGAGAGGCACCUGGGAUCUGAGAGGAGGCUGCUGGGCCUUCGAGGGGAACCCCCAGAGCUGGACCUGAGCUAUUCUCACUCGGACCUGGGAAAACGACCCACCAAGGACAGCUACACCCUGACAGAGGAGCUGGCCGAGUAUGCUGAAAUCCGUGUCAAGUGAGGGAGCCGGGGGCCGCCUAUGUGGCCACCACCCCCUCAGGGCCCUCGCUGGCCCCCACUAGCUGCGGGCUCCCUUCUUCCCAAAAGUAGUGGAGGCUGGGGCAGGAAAGGGAUGGGGCAGGUGACAGUGAGGUCCUGGGGUCCUGGUUUCUCCCUCCUUCUCAGCUGCCCCCAGCCCUGCCAACACCACACCCCUACAAUGUGGCUCCCCUCUAACCUUCUUUAACCUCAUCUGUCUGGAGGGGAGCUCCGUCUGUCCGUGUUAUUUAUUGCUACCCCCUGCCUGGUCUCCUGCCCCACACCUGGCCCCAGGGUCUGUAUGGAAGGGACAUGAAAUAAAUGCCCCAAAGCCAA